AUGAGCGAUGCCGAGCUAAAAGAAAGGACACUUAUGGCCAUUGAGACACUUUUACAAAAUAAUAAUCGAAGUCUGAAAGACUUCAAGACAAUGCCAUAUCCAAAAGAUUUUGUCGUCUCCUUUACUGGAAAUAGGCUACUUUAUGAUGAACUUCAAUAUGAGGUUGUUGCUCAAAAACAAAUUUUUGAUACUUUGUAUGCUUCUCUUACAGAUGAGCAACGAAGCAUUUUUGAGGAAAUCAUGGAUGCCGUAGAAAAGCAACAAGGUGGGGUGUUUUUUUUAUAUGGCUAUGGUGGGACUGGUAAGACCUUUAUGUGGAACACUUUAUCAGCAGCACUUAGGUCCAAAAAGAAAAUUGUCUUGCCGGUUGCUUCAAGUGGAAUUGCAAGUUUGUUGUUACCAGGAGGAAGAACAACUCAUUCUAGAUUUAAGAUUCCCGUUCCUACUUUAGAGACUUCUAUUUGCAACAUUGAAAAAAAAGAUGAUAUUGCUGAGCUUCUUAAGUUUACGGAUUUAAUCAUCUGGGAUGAGGCUCCUAUGGAUAUCAUGAGUGGCCCCACACAUGCAUCUAAAAAAAUAUUUGGAGGUAAGGUUGUUGUUUUUGGUGGUGACUUCAGACAGAUUCUUCCUGUUAUACCAAGAGGUACUAGAUCUGAUAUUAUCCAUGCAACAAUUAAUGCUUCUUAUAUUUGGGAUCAUUGUAAAGUAUUGAGACUUACAAAGAAAAAUAUUGGAGAUGGGACCAUGUGUGAACCUAAUGAUGGUUAUGUUGAUAUCUGUAUUCCAGAUGAGUUCAUAAUUUCAAACUUUGCAGAUCCUAUUCAGGCCAUUGUUGAAGAUACCUACCCUGAUCUCAUUCAUAAUUAUCUUGAUUCCAAUGAUCUUCAAAGUCGUGCGAUAUUAGCUUCAACAAUCGAAGUAGUUGAUGAUAUCAACCAAUAUAUCACUAACCUUCUUCCAGGAGAAGAGAGAGAAUACUUUAGUAGUGAUUCCAUUGAUAGAUCAGAUGUAACUAACUUUGAUGCAUAUGAGCAUGUCACCCCCGAGUUUUUGAACGCUCUGAAAACCUCGGGAUUGCCUAGCCAUUCAAUCAGGUUGAAAGUCGGGGCCACUAUUAUGUUAAUGCGCAACCUAGAUCAGUCAGAGGGCUUGUGCAACGGCACACGACUAACUGUAACCAGACUUGCUGCCCAUGUCAUUGAAGCCAAGAUCGUUUCUGGAAAAAAUAUUGGUAACAUCUUUUAUAUUCCUAGAAUGUCUUUAUCCCCCUCACAGUCUCCAUGGCCAUUUAAAUUGGUGAGACGCCAAUUUCCAAUUAUUGUUUCCUUUGCCAUGACUAUUAACAAGUCACAGGGCCAGUCACUUGACAAUGUGGGAUUGUAUUUGCCAAAGGAAGUUUUUAGUCAUGGGCAAUUGUAUGUCGCUAUCUCAAGAGUCAAAUCGAAAAAGGGUUUGAGGAUUCUUAUUCAUGACAAAGAGAAACAACCUAUGCUCUCUACCACCAAUGUUGUUUUCAAGGAAGUCUUUCAUAACAUUUAA